GGGCGGGACUUUUACUGAGGUAGUGAGAGAGCGCUCGCGAGACACGAAGCGAUUUGUUGCUGCGGCGGAUCGGUCAAUUUAAUGCUUCAGCAUGCAGAGACGUGUGUUUCUGAGCCAUGGAUAAAUAUGAGCGCGUGACCAAGAUUGGGGAGGGCUCCUUUGGAAAGGCCAUCCUGGUCAAGUCCAAGGAUGAUGGAAAGCAGUACGUCAUUAAGGAGAUUGGCAUCUCCAGGAUGUCUAAUAAGGAGAGGCGUGAAUCUCGGAAAGAGGUGGCCGUCCUCGCUAACAUGAGCCAUCCCAACAUCGUCAAGUACAGGGAGUCCUUUGAAGAGGGUGGCUGCCUGUACAUCGUAAUGGACUACUGCGAGGGUGGAGACCUCUUCAAGAGGAUCAACGCUCAGAAGGGUGUGCUCUUCCCGGAGACCCAGAUCCUAGAUUGGUUUGUGCAGAUCUGCCUGGCCCUGAAGCACGUUCAUGACAGAAAAAUCUUACACAGGGACAUAAAAUCCCAGAACAUAUUUCUGGCAAAAGAUGGAACUGUGCAGCUUGGGGAUUUUGGAAUUGCCCGAGUUCUCAACAGCACAGUGGAGUUGGCAAGGACAUGCAUAGGAACACCAUACUACCUGUCCCCUGAGAUCUGCGAGAACAAGCCCUACAAUAACAAGAGUGACAUCUGGGCUCUGGGCUGUGUGCUUUAUGAGAUGUGCACGCUAAAGCAUGCUUUUGAAGCCGGAAACAUGAAGAAUUUGGUGCUGAAGAUCAUCCGAGGCUCAUAUCCGCCCGUGUCGGUGAGCUACUCGCACGAGAUGCGCGGCCUGGUGGCCCAGCUGUUCAAGCGCAGCCCUCGGGAGAGGCCCUCCGUCACCGCCAUCCUGGAGAAGCCUUUCCUGUCCCAGAGGAUCCACAAGUUCCUCCCCCCACAGCUCCUCACUCAGGAAUUCAGCCAUAUCUGCCUUAAGCAGCCUAAGGCUGCCGUAGCACCUGUGCCAGCCAAACGUCCACCUCCCAGCCCAUCUAUUGCCGCCCCAGCUCAGAAGAUCACCAAACCAGCUGCCAAGUACGGAGUGCCUUUAACUGCCCGGAAGCCCUCCGACGCCGGCAGGAAGUGCGUCGACCGCAAACCGGCGGUCAAGCACAAGCCGGCCCCCCAGCCGAGCCCCCAGAGGAAAGCAAGUCGUGUGGAGGAAGAGAGGCGAAAGCUGGAGGAGGGGGUGCGCAAGAGGCCAGUGGAGCUGAUGGAGAAGGACAGGAAGCAGAGAGACCAGAUUUUAAUGCUGAAGUCGGGACAAUUUAAAAGAAAUGAGAGAGAAAAGCUGAACCGGAUCAACCGGGCCCGGGAACAGGGCUGGUGUCACGUCCUUGGCUGCAGUGGUGCCAGCCCAGAGAGGAAGUUUUCCGGUGGUGGUGGUAGGAUAGCAGGCCCCCGUGGAAACAGAGCUCAUCUUGACCAAAAGUACGCAGCGCUGGACCUGGUGUCCAAACCUCUGGCUACUGAGGUUGCCAAGGCGAGCGGGGACAGUGCACUCAGGGGCGUGGCAGCAGUUGCUGGGCCGGUAUUGGCCAACGGCCCUGUCCGUCUUCUGCAUCACAACAUAGUAAACAGGGAGCUGCGGAGGCUGGACCUGGCGACCAGGCACGCCAGUGCCAGCAGGCAACGGGGUCAGGUCACUGUGGAGAGGGCCAAGCAGGUGGAGGAAUUCUGGCAGCGCAAGAAGGAGGCCAUGCUGAACAAGGCGCGUGCAGAAGGACAGCUGGGCACCUUGCAAAGGCAGACGGCCGGCUGCGGGGGCAGGCCCGGCUCUGGGGCAGGCGGGAAGGCCAGAGGGAACAAGGAGGAGGAGGAGUAUCUCGCACGACUGAGACAGAUCCGCCUGCAGAACUUCAAUGAGCGUCAGCAGCUGAAGGCACGUCUCCGGGGAGAGAAGUAUGACAGUGAUGGCUCAGACAGCCAGGAGUCCAGUGAGGAAGCUGAGCAGAGGAGAAAGAAGAUGGAAACGCUGAAGGCCCAAGCAAAGGCUCGGGCUGCUGUCCUGAUGGAACAGCUGGAGAAGAGGAGAAAAGAGGCCUACGAGAGGGAGAAGAAGGCCUGGGAGGAUCAUCUAGCAGCCCGGGGAGUGAAGAUAGAUGUGGAACCAGGGCCAGGGAUGGGGCCACAGGGUGGCCCCUCUCAGCAAGACCCAUCAGUCAGAGUGGUCCCCCAGUUCAGACCAGCUGCCCCUGCCAUCUCCAUGACUGCUGCCCUGAAAGAUGUGGGCGUGGACCCUGUGGCCCAGCAGAGAGAGGAUAUGGAGCCAUCGAAGCCAGAUGAGUUGGAUCUCCAGAACGAGAAGCGGGAGAUCCUACGCAGACUGAACCAGAACCUGAAGACCAACUGCUUUGCCUCCAAGGAGGAAGAAGAGGAAGAUAAGGCAGUUCCUCCCCAAGAGGGUCUCGAUUUGUCCGCGGUGCAAAGUAAUCCAGAUGAGGAGAAGGGUGCUCCCUCUGCUGGGGACAGGCGGAAGUGGGAGGCUGGAUCUCCACCCAUCAUCUCUGUGGCUCAGCAGACCCUGGAGGAGACCGGCAUUGGUUCUGCUGGUUCUGAGGCUGCCUCCCCUUCAGACGGAGUGACAUCUGCUGGGGACAGGAGGAAGUGGGAGCCUGGGGAUCCUCCCCUGAUCCCUGUAGCACAGCUGACUCUGGAGGAGACAUACAUUGGCUCUGAUGAGAUAACAGCAGGAGAGGUGAUACAGCCGGUGGGGCUGGAUGAGGUCCCCAGGAGGGCUUGGGGGCGGAGUCCAGACACCCAGGUGCUCAAGGUUCUGCAGGAGGCGGAGCUGCAGCCACUCACCCUGAUGGAUUCCAGCGUUCAGUCAAACAUGUCUUCCACAGAAAGCCAAAAAGCAGACAGCCUAGCUGAUGUUACCGAAGCCACACUGGUGAAUUCAGCAUUAGCGAGUCCCAGGUCUCCGGGUCAGAGUUCAGAACCUGGAGGUCAGGGGGAGCAGGAAACCAAACCAGAUGAGGAAGGAGCUGAAGAACCUACCUUAGUCACACCUGUAAUGGCAGGAGAAGGAGGAGAAGCACAGGAUGUGGAUGAGGAUGUGGAUGAGGAUGUGGAGGUGCUGGAGGUGGAGGAGUGUCCAAAACAGGCCUUGGGGCCCCCAGCUGAAGUAGUGCAGGCCUGGGAGCAUAAGGCCCCCCCACAGCCCCCCCAGCCCAGCCCAGCAGAGGGCAGUGUUCUACCUCCAGAUUCCAGCCUGGAGAAGCAGCAUUCACAGACAGACUCUGCAGGUGCAGAGGGCACACCUGAAGAGCCCCUGUUUCUCAAGCUGUCAUCUCCCGCACGCCGGUCCAUCACUGCCUUGGUUGCUUUAUCAAAUCAGUCUUCCCAGGAUGAUUCAAUACCCUCACAGUCCCGUCCUGUGUCGCCCUCUGGGCCCAGGGGCAAGGACGCGCUGCUCAUUGGGCUCUCCACCGGCCUCUUUGACGCCAAUAACCCAAAGAUGCUGCGUACUUGCUCACUCCCAGACCUCAGCAAGCUCUUUCGGACCUUUGAGGACUGCCAAGGGCUGAACGGCGUGGUAGCGGCCGAAGACAACCUGGACAUCGAAGAAAUCAGACCCAUGAAAGUGGAGGAACAUGCGGAGAUUGAGGACAUUGUGUAUGAAGAUGGGGAUGAGGACCUCCAGCAGCUCAGGGCUUCCAUGGAGCGCUUAUUGAGGGAGCCCAGUGAGGACUACAGUGAGGAAGAGGAGGCCGGCUUUCCGGGUAGUCCACCUGAAGAACAGGUGGGGGAGUCUCAGGGGCUGCUCAGCAACGGCCUUGGCCCAGACGAGGACCCUCCCAGCAGUGAAAAUGAGCUGAACGAGGAGUGGCACUCAGACGAUAGUGACGAAGAGCAGGCGAGUGACACCGAUUACCAGGACAGUAUCUUCAGCCGCCUAGAAGAGCUCAGGUUCAAGCUGGAGCAGGAGAUGGGUUUUGAAUGCUUCGUAGAGGCCUACAACAAAAUCAAGGCCAUCCACGAGGACGAAGACGAGAACAUCGACCUGGGCUCCAGCAUGCUCCAGAGCAUCCUGGGGAGUGAGCACCAGCACCUUUACCCCAAAAUACUGCACCUGGUGAUGGCCGACGGGGCCUACCAAGAGGACAACGACGAAUAGAAGAACAUCUUCCUGAACACCGGAGGACUUUGACCACAAAGAUGGUCUGGCGUUGACCGGGACGUACUGGGUGACGGGCAGCAGAGCGGCCUCUCUGGCGGGGGAGAGGUGGGACGAGACCGAGGGCAGCGUCACAUUGGUGGUCAGCAUGCUGACUGGCAUACGACACAGCCAAUGAACAGUCACACCUGGGAAAACCCCCCCCACCAAUCUAUGUAGAGAGAGAUGCACUAAGUUAAUGCCAUAUGUAGAGUAAUACUUAACCAAAAAAAUGUCACUCUGAGAGUUAUUUUAUACAUAUAUUAAAAAGAAAUUCUUCAUGUUAAUUGAAGGAAUAUGGUAGCAAAACAUUUGGACUCAGAGAUGAUUGAAGUCCCAUCGACUUGGCCAGAUGAAUAAUAUGUGUGUGUAGUCUUGUUUUCAAUCCUGGGGGGUCAGGUGGCCCCCCCCAGCAUCAGGUGUUCAUUCCAAACGGAGACUGUAGCCUCUGGCAUCCGGCACUUCCACUCAGUUAUGCACUUUUCCAGUGGAUUUACAACUAAAUAAAAAAGUAAGGUGAUUUAAGGUACUGUUCAUACUUUUUACCUGUUUUUUUUAACUGCUGUUUGCUAAGAUAACCACUCCUCUCCAGCUAAGCUCAGAACACAUCAAAGUUGUCCUGUACGUAGAUGUCCGGGCAUCUCAAAGCAGCAGUGAGGUCUGCGUGUUCAAGCUGUUUUCUGUUUGAUAAUGACUCUGAUAUUCUGUAUGUUUCUAAAGGGGAUAAAAAUAAAGGCUGACAUUUUGCUA